AUGUUUUGGUGCGCUAUAACCCUAGUCAGGUCACUGACAGCAAACGGGCGCGAACAUAAUGGAAUCAAUCCAUCUUUAUCACUCUACAUCAACAUCCGACUCAAAAUAACUAUAAUUCAACCGAUCAGAGACGGGUACUUCUUGACUACAUUAAACGUAGACCGCUUACUUGUGCAACAAAUUUCGUCAGGCACACCAACCACAUCGCUAAAAUGUGAACACGCUCGCCUGUUCAGACGUGAAAAUUCAGAUGCGUUUAACGUGCGUUGGUGGAGUAGUGGUUACACACUCGCAUCGCAUAUGUCUGGGGUUCAAAUCCCGGCAAAGCCAUUGGCACUGCUGACAAGCUCUAAUAAGAGCAAAGCUCGAGUCCAGUGCUUCCAUUUGGUGUGGACUCACCGGAGUAAUUACGCCAGGACAAGAGCACUCUCGUUCAAAAGAGAGUGGUGUGACCAUGAACAAAAUUUCGUUUCAUUUUUAUCCCACCUGUAA